AAAGCCGUGUGGCCACAUUGUAAAAUAUAGAGUCCGCGACUUCCCCACAAGCUCGGGGCAGAUCGUACAAAAGCCCUCCCUGCUGGACGAGUCGUCAUCCGCUCCCUUCCGUCCCGUCGCUCCGAUAUGCCACCCUCGAACGCAGUACAAAUGUUCUUCUUUGUCCCCGCCCCGCGCGUAACCAUCCUCUGGCUUGACGAUGACAUCCUCUCCGAAAUUCUGUCACUCCUCUCUAUGAAGAAUUCUCUCAACCUCUCGGAAACAUGCCGUCGAUUGUACCCGGUCUCUAAGCACAACGCUCUAAAGGAAGUGACGAUGUCAAAGGCCGAACAGCUUCCGCUAUUUUGUAGCAGGUAUCUGAUCUCGCAAACGCCGCGGCAUGUCUGGGUUCUGCGGACGCUCGAUUUGAGCACUGUCGCCACUCCCUUUCCCGUCUCCUCUGCUAGACUCCUCGAAGACCUUCUAAGGGAAGCUGAAAAUUGCAGAGUCCUCAAGCUCGCAAAUAUGGAGAAUCUCGUCACAAGCAGUUUUGGGCUGGGCCAUGCGUUGGCUGCUCUUCGUCGCUUGGAAGAAGUCAAGCUACACUUGGUCGGUCCAUGGGCUCUGAUGGUGCUCACAAGUCUCAGAAGCCAUCCAAUCAAGAUUUUUCUGGAUACCUUCGUGGACAUUGGGUACGAUCGUUUGUUUGAGGCGUUAUCGUAUCCCGCAUUCUCCAGCCUUCAAACCCUCGGCCUGAAUAACCCACCGAAGAGAACGGAAGUCAAGAACGCUCACUUGCAUCAGCUUCCAUCCAUUCGCUCGCUUUGGCUGUCUCAUUCUCGCGUUCCACAGUAUGAAUUGGUGCACGUCCUGCCCAAUGUACGCGCAUUGCGCCUCAGCGAUGUCGUAUAUUGGAACAAGAUCAGAACCUUCUGGUACUGGCACUGUUACGAAAUGAUACCGUGCUGGCCCGUGCUAGACUUUGUCUCCACAUCGGGACAAUUCGGGUGGCACUUACACUGUCCAAUCCACUGGCUGAACGCAGAUAACAUCCUCGACGGCCACCUCCACUGUGGAGACAUCGACGAGAGUCUGAUUUUAGAAGAACUCAGGGACGGACUUCCAGUUGUGUUCUCUUUCCGUGUAAUUGACCGUCGACAUCACAUCUUCUGGACGUGGGUCCUCCAGCGAGCGAUGACCAGGCUUCGCUGUCUGGAAUUUGAGCUAGUAGAAGAAGUGGCAUCCAUACUUGCGCAAUCAAAUAUCAUAUACAUCCACAUCCGUUUCCGUCCCAUCUCUCUCUAUACCCCUCCAGUCUGGUGGCAACUUCCUCAAACGUUCUCGCGGGGGCUGACCGAUAUCUCACGCACAUUCAAAGAUAUCCCAUCGCUGCGUUACCUCUCGAUUGACUGCGCCGCAUGCGAUGCUCAGGAUAGUGACCUUGGUAACAAGCGCAAUUUCCUGCGCGAAGAGCCCCAGUGGUGGCGCAUGUUUACCGUGCAGAGUGGCGACAAAGUGGUAAGACGUAUUCCCUCCUUUAUAGGCGAGCAGAUCCGAGAAAGGUUGCAUUCCCCGGCUUAUGAUUGUAUGCAAGAAUUUGACGACUCGGAAUGGUUCGCCCAAGAAGACGCGCCAACCAAUGCAAGAGCCGUUCGAGAGACAGGACUCUGUCAUCCCAGUGCCUUCGGUCACUAAUCUUCAUCAACAGUUGCGAAAAUGCCUUCUACGUAUCAUUUGCUACUUUUACUUGCAUUCCGCCUCAUUCACAAUCCAAAUGUCGCAUGCAAAUUUCCACUCUCUUGAUUUUAUCAUCUCUAGGAAUCUUCCUAUACUCCAUCUACUGGUCUGCUUCCUAUUACUAUCACCCAAAAUCGAGCAUCGCAUACUUUCCUCGGUCCUUGCUCCAUUUCAUUUACUACUGCUUCAUCAUUCCUGUACAUCUGGAACUGUCA